GUCAAUGUAGCUGAAUGACAGCUGCGCACGACCUAUUCUUGAUUGUAUCAAAAUUUGCAAAUUGGUAUUUAUUAAAUGUACUGCUCGCUAAAUGGUCAAUAUUUAUGUUCUUAGUGCACGGUUCAAAGAUAUUAUUCUUUCAUCGUAUGCCCGGUCCGGCGGCGCUAGCUCGGUGUGAAAACAGUGUUGGUGCAAAAGGCAGCGAGCUAUACACGGAGUAUCGUAACAAUUAAUCCUAAGAAGAAGAGGAAGAAGAAAAGAUGCCAUUCCAUCUAUGCGACGCUUCGUCUCGCAGUCUAAUAUCUGGAAAGCUUAAAAUUUUAAUUUAGUGCGAUCGUGCUGUGUUUGUAGUGGAUUCCUAGUGCGUUGAUUAAAGUGUGAAUCGCAAGCUUAAAAUAGACUCUCUGUCCCGAUGUGACUACAAUUGCCCAGCACCAAGUCAGCAUCAAGUGAAGGCACAGAAGAAGCGUCCCAGCGUGCUCAAAUCGAACAAAGGACAUACGCUUGUCCCAGACAAAUUGAAAAGAUGCUUAAAGUUUUGUUUUCCCAUCCCCUCCCCCCGCUCUUUUAGGUCGACGGACGCGAAAUGCUGAAAAGAUUUCUGCCAAACCUUUUCACGAUGAAACUGCCAGUCCCAAGCGGAAGGAUAUUAAGUGCGCUCCGAAAGACAAUAACGACAACGUCAAAACGAUCCCACAGUUAAACAACUUGACUGCAAAGUUUCGCGUAGAACCGAUGAAGCUUCGCGGGGGUCGUGUAAAGACAGCAGACAUAUCACAAUAUCUAGAGAGAAAAGCCAAUCCUAAAGCCGAUGACGAUGUCAUCAGCUCGAUAGAUCUGCCGCAAACGGUGGACAAUACACACGAGCACGCCGAUGAUUCGUUCGAGGUUCAGCUGAUAGAGCCACCCGUUGUGGAAAUAAACGAAGACGAAGUUGUUGCAGUUGAGGACACCAAAAAAUCCAUAAAUAAUAACAUAUUCCUGCAGGAACCAGUGUUAAGCCUAAAUUUCCCUGCGGAAUCAAACGCUCAAAAUCGUACCCUAAAGCUGUUGCACAACUCGUUUUUGGCCAAUUCAGAAAUAAAAAAUGACCCCUUCUCGUCAUCAUUGCAACCAAAGAUAAAUUCCUUCUGGAAGGUAAACGUAAAGAGCCCAGACAUUCAGCAAAAGACAUCGAUCGAGCAUGUCGACCAGCACGUACUAGAUCUCUCGAAACCAACACAAGUCACACAGAUCGAUUCUACUACUACCGCGGUGGAAACUUUAAUACACGAUGGAGACAAUUCCUGCGACAGUGGCGACAGUGGCGUCGUUAUCCUAUCCGGAUCGGACGGAUCUGCCAUAACGUUGAUUCACGCGGACGGCUGUCAACAAGACCUAUCGAUGGGUAGCGAACAGACGGACCAUUUGGAGAAGCGUAAAAAACCAGCCACUCCGCACCGAAUUCUUUGUCCCUCGCCUGUAAAAAACGCAAUAAUAUAUUUACAAAGCCCUCCCGGGCUCUUAAAUGCUUCAUCGCCGGAAAACAGCCGCAGUAAAAGGCGUGCCGGAAUCAACAAAACUCGCAAAAGGUUAAUUUGUAAAAAUGAUCCUAAAGUAAAUGAAUCAGCAGAUACUGCGGACGACAUCAAGCCACAAGAGCCACAAGAUGUUUCCGAAAGCGAAAUGCGUUCGGCUAUCGGAGGAGCGGAUGCGUCGAACAACCAGCUGCUCGUGCAAAGUCGCAAGCUUAUUGUUGGGCCCGCGGUUCCCAAAUCGACCACUACUACUGGCUGUAGCAAGAAAAUUACGGAAUUCUAUCCAAUAAGACGAAGUGUGCGGAAGACAAAGAAGGAGGUGCAAGUCGAGCGGGACCGCGACAUAGAAAAAGCCAUCCGAGAAGGGCGCGAAGAAGGACUUAAGAUCGAGCAUUUCGAAGGCAAGGGCCGUGGCAUUGUCACUACGCGCCCCUUCUCCAAAGGAGAGUUUGUGGUAGAAUAUAUUGGCGAUCUGAUCAGCGUUUCGGAAGCAAAGCAACGGGAGCAAAUCUAUGCAAAGGACGAUAAUACUGGAUGCUACAUGUAUUACUUCCGCCACAAGAAUCUUCAACAUUGCAUUGACGCGACAGCCGAGAGUGGAAAACUUGGACGAUUAGUAAACCAUUCCCGGAAUGGUAAUUUAGUUACUAAAACAGUACCCAUCAACAAUCGACCACACCUUGUGCUUAUUGCCAAAGAGGAUAUUGGAAGGGGCGUGGAAGUAACAUACGAUUACGGUGAUAGGUCAAAGGAAGCGCUUCAACACUAUCCAUGGUUGGCGCUAUAAUUGCAGCGUACCUUCGCGCGCAUUCUAAUCCAUCAUUGACUUAUGGAACCUAGUUAAAGGCAUAAUUUUCCCGCAAGGCCCUUAUUCUUAUUAGUUUGUAAUUUUCUGUGUGUUAUGUUCAUAAUAGUACGAAAUUGUGUAUUUUGUCAUCAUGGUAUUUGCAGACCAACAAGUUAAAAAGAUGCAUAAGACUUAGGGGCAAUAAACGGUUGAUAAUGCGAAUGCCACCCUCCCUACUAACAAUCAUUUCAACACGAACCUUUGCUUUUUUGACGACCGUGCAGUAAUGAGCGUGUUGGUUUCUGAAUUCUGAAAGGAAUAGUGACCGGGAUUACCUUCAACAGAAGAUGACGUAUAUAACGCUUGCAAUCCAUAUCAAACAAACUGUGUGGUUUGUGGGUUGUUCCACACUACCAUGAUUUUAUCUUUAUUUAUUUGCUGAAUCGUUUGAUUUACCUUAGUCUAGACAAGACUUUCGCUUCAUUUACCUACCUUCAUUUUACAUUAUGGGUCAUUAGCAGGAUAAUGCAACUGUUUCUAUUUUUUUUUAAAUAUUUUUAACUCAAACAAUCCCUUCCAUCUCGCAUUCGUCAAAUAUUCAUCGAUACGCUACGGCACAGUUCGAUGGGACGGAACGAAUGAUGCACGGAGCUGCUAAACGCAUACUUACAGUACACGUUAGAUGUUCAGUACAACCUGGAAUUAUUGAAUCAGUACGUCGGGCGGUCAUUGUUUCAUGAACCAUAGUAGUAGUAUACUAGUAUAAUAGCGUUAAGUUCAACCUUAAUGCACAAUUUAAACCAACCCACAUUGAGUUUGAGCAUUAACUAACUCACCCGCAUACUCAUCGCUGAAUGGUGCGCGUGCCAUUAUGCAAUAGAAAGAUAAAGGCCACGACGAAAGAGCCCUGUUCGACAUCGUUUAUUGGAAGAGUAUCGCGCAUCGCUGGGGCUUGGUUCCUGGCGCUUAUUAGGGCUAAAACGCAAGGUUUAAGUUAAAUGUUUCAUUAGCAGGCUCUAAUCUAAAGCAUGAGUUUCGAUGUUAUGUGAAUCAUACAUUCACAAAGUAACAGAAUACAAAUAGAGUUUUGGGUAUUUUUAAAUACAAA